AGCUACGUGAUGGCUUUUUGACAUGACUGUCGUUGAUAGUUAGUGCGAGGCGAGAGGCUAUUAAGGCAGCUUGAAAUUCCAAGCGCGGAAUUGAUGUAGGCUUAAGCGGAGAUACCCUUGCUUUGCUUGAAAUCAAAGCCAACCGAAUCGAUCCAUCUUUGUAAACAAGACGCCAAUAAGCUACACAAGCAUACGCAUGUUCGCUGGCGUCGGCGAAGACGUGCAAUUCACGAUAAGAUGGCUCCAAAUUCAAGGAAAAGGCGUACCAACGUGGAAUUUUAAUAGAAGCUGCCUGAAUUACCUCUUGGAACCAUUCUAUCCACUUCACUAGUUCAUUAGGCGAAAAUUCAAUAUCCCAACUUUUAACCACUUUAAUAAGAAAUUUGUUUAUUAUGAUAGAUUAAAAGAUGUACUUUCAUUAAAGUAUUUUGAUUAUUUGCUAAGUUUAGUGUAAUUUGUUGAGUAGGUGGAUUAUUGAUGUCGUAAUAACCAUUAGACUGAUAGGUGACAGGUUCGAUUCUCUGUUCAACUUAGAAUUAUUCAAUUGACUUUGAAUAUGAUCAUUGAUAGGAUUAAUUCAGCAUUAGGAUGGAAUAUAGUUAAUAAUGUAUAAUAGGAUAAUAUAGGUCCAUAAAGAAAAUUCCCUUAUUAUAAAAAAGGGAAACGGGUUCGAUUCCCUGUAAGAUUGAAAAAUAAAUAAAUGAAUAAUAAUGUUAUACUUUGAAAAUUUACCCAACUAUAGAAAAGAUGGUGUAAAGAUUUAUUAUAAAUGUUUUCUUGAAUAUGAACUUACCCGACUGAAGAAAAAUGGUGUAAAGAAUUUUACUAAUAUUUUCUUGAUUGUUCUAUGUACUACAACAUGAUGCGGACUUCCCGAGAGAGAGGAGGCUGGCGCUCAUGCAGAGGUUAGCCAUACUGACGAUGGUCCACCUUGAAGAUGAUGAAGACACCCUCUACGAAUUCGCGUCGUUUUCGUUUCAAUUUGUUCGCGUCGCGUUCGUCAAAAUCGUCACUUGUAGUAGAUUGACUUGGGGGUAGGGAACCCUUAGUAUUCCAUGGGAAUUGGGUUUAAUCUUGUUUGAUGCUGGAUGUCCUUACCCAAAAUUUCUAUUAAGUUUGCGCAUCAUGGGUGUCUAAUAAAGUACAAGACAAUAAAGUAGUGGACCACGUCUGUAUCUUUAUUAAAGAUGUACGAAAGUAAACAUUAAUUAUUAAUUCUUUUAGUUUCUCAAAUCCAGUUAGUUAGUGUUUACGAAUCUUAGGAAAUAGUUCGAAUUUCGUUUCGUACAUCUAUUUAGUAUGGGAAGUAAUGAAGUUUCAAAAUAUAGAUUUUCUUGAUAUUUAAUGGUUUAAUAAAUGGGAUAGGGUAAAGUUUUGCUGAUAGAUGGGAUAAAAUAAAAAUAGCUUGGGUAAUUUAAGGAAUAGCUAGGGAUAGUUUUGUUUUUUGUUUUUGCCGACUGAUGUCGAUGUUAAGUAAAGUUAAGGUUAGGGGGGAGAUGUACGAGGGAUUUUGUUAAGGUUUUGCUCCCGUAAAGUCUUUGCAAUAAAACUUUGCAAACAGUUAGGGUUCUUUUCCCGUAAAGUUGUUUUUUUUGCAAGUUUUGCAAACUUAUUGUGAGGGCUAGUCUGUAGUAAAGGCCACCUCCCAGUUGUAUUGAUGUCCUUAAGUAGGUAGGGAUUUUUAGAUAGGACUGUCGAACCCUCUCGAUGUAGUAGGUAGGAAAAAAAAAUUUUGUUCGGUCAUCUAGUAUGCCUCCUUGUUUAGGUAAACUCUUUGUUCAUGCAAUGCCUACGGCUGGCAGUUAUAUUAAAAAGUUAAUGUCAUGAUUUUAAUAUUUGAAAUAAGGAAUCAUCUGUCUUUUGAUAGAAGGUUCCACAACAGAUGGACUUCAGGCACCAAAACUUCUCGUAGUUAGAUUAAAAACUUGUAUUCGCCUGAAAUCUAAUAAAAUCAAUAUGAAAUCAAGUUUGUUUCUAUAAAUCGGUAGGUCCCCAGGUUCUAUCCACUCAGGCUAGAACUCCGCAGUAGCUACCUAAAAUGUUAAUACGAGUAAUAAUCAGAUCAGUAAAACUCGCGCCAAAGAAAGAAAUAUUGAUACCAUGUGGCAUUUGUAAUUGUCGUCGCUUUUCCAAAUAAGUUUUAUAUGAAUUAAUGCAAUUCUGAGUUGGGUGGGAUGAGUGCCAGUAGAAAAUUUACUUGUAAGUAGUAGAAUUAAAAAGCUCAUCUUAAGAAAUAACGUCCACUUUACAGAUGACCGCAGUAAAAUAAAAUGUGCUUUUGUUGUUGUUGUGUUACUCUUGGUUGUAGGGUCUUGGCCCAGGCAAGCAAAAUUAUGGAGGUUUGGAAUUACUUACUUACUACUCUUGUGAACUUCAUAUGGGAUGGUCUUAUUUGCUGCGUCCAGUAUCAAGAGAUAUUUACAAUAAUAUAAUUAUGCAUAACGAGUGUACAACAAUCUGUUUGCUGAAUCAACUAACGCCAUCUAUCGCUCUUAGCGAGAAACAUUUUAAUAAAAGAAAGCCAUGCUCAACAUUGCGCAAUGUUUUGUUAUGUUUCUAUUCAUGUAAGGAGAGCGGAUUCUAAUCUAUUCCUGUACCAUCUCUUAUUUACGAUAUUUCUGCUGGAACUAAAAUAAUACCUACAUACAGCUUGCUGCUUGUUGUUUUUUAACGAAAAUAUAAUGUAUUCCUGCGUUAACAUUUUAAAAAGUAAGUUAACUAUUGAGUUUACCAAUUUAAUACUAGCUGGCGUUCGAGACAUUUUUUACAUGCAUGAUAACACCUCCAUGCAAACUUCUGUCCCUUUUAUCCAUUAAACCCAUACAUAUCUUAAAGGAAAGCCGCUUGUAUCUUUCUCUAACUCUAUACUCAAACUCGUCAAAUAUUUAACUGGUUUAGGUGUUUUCACUUACACAUAAGAAGGGUCAGACACAGCAACAACCACAGCUUCUGAACUACAGACACGCAUUGAUACACAAAUCAGUAGGGCUAGGGACAUACUAAGGGAAAUUAUCAAAAACGUGAAAGAAAGGAAACUAUUCCUAGAGUUUAGUCGUGAAAUAGUACAGAAAGUAAUAAAAAGAAACAAGGAUUAGUAAAUGAAGCUCCUUUUAAUUGUAAAUAAAAAGUGGAAUAGAAAUGGAGUAAAUCUAUUAAUUUAAAAUGUAGUAUAAAAAGAGCAAAAUAAAAUUUUAAAAAUAAGAAAUAUAUAAAGAAGCAAAAAUGUAAUAAGUCAUAGGAUAUAAGUAAAAAAGUAAUGUAUGUAAAAUAGAUAUAAGAAUUUAAGAAACAAGUAAAACAGGAAUGUUAACAUUAAUGCAUAACUUAGAAUAAAAAAGAACAUGUAAUAGAAUCAAGAAAUAUAUUUAAAAAAAGGAAUAAAGCGCAAAAGAAAGGGUGCAAAAGAAUGAGUUAAAAAAAAAUAAUAAAAAAGAAAGAAGGAAGAAGAUAAAGACCUGUCACAAAACGGGGGAAGCCGCAAAAAAACCACAGCUUCUGCAACGCAUAGUGAGCCCGAAAGAUAAUAACAGCAGCAGAAAAAAAUACUCUUUAAUUAAAUCAGCUCCAUAUCCUGCUUUGCUGUAAAUCACACCUGACUUGUGGUCACAGACAGGCAGACAGACAGACAGACGGACAACAAAGUGAUCCUUUAAGAGUUCCGUUUUUUCAAUUUAAGAUACGGUACUCUAAAACACGAAACAAUAUAAGGUCUUAAAUGUUUUACGACCUCCGUGGCCUUAAUAUGUAUAUACGGUUUAACAUCCGCUAAAUACCCAUGCAAAUACCCUCUAUCCUGCUUAAUGCGAAGCCGCGGGGUCCCCGUUAGAGAUUCUUCCGCGUCUCCGCACCCAGCAGCCUCCCGGCCUCGUACGUCUGUAAAUAGAUGUUUUGCCAGCGUAAAAAAAAAAAGGUGGGUAUAUUAAGGUUCUCCACAAAUCACGUUUCACGUCUGUUCGUUUUAAAACCUUAUUGUAAUCUGUGGAUAGUCGUAAUUGGCUUUCAAAUUAUAUAUCACUGAUUGUAAUUCCAAUACACAUAUAAGCUGUGUACUGUCCCUUAAAUAAAUAAAUGAGUCCGUAUAUAAUUUGUAAAAAAUAUAAUCUAUGAAAACAAAAUACUACAGUUCGGAUUUUGUGUGUGGUGCUCACUGCGUGAAAAAGCCAACAGUUGGGGCAUUUUAUUUAUGUUAUCGUUCCGCUCCCAGUCCAGAGUUGUGUAAAUAUUUUUCAUUAUUAAAUUUGAAUGCACCCAUAUGUAGGCUGCAUUCCAUUACUGAUAUAUUAGGGUUUUUUUUGGAUUCUGUAUCAGCACAAAAAAAGAACACGUUUAGAAAAGAUCACUUUACUGUCCAUCCAGCUGUAAAGACCUUAAUUUCAGAAAUACGUACACCAUGGAUGUAAGUAUAAAAAGGAAAUUAAUGCAAUAAAAAUACCGGUAUGCAAUACCUAGCUAGGGUCAGUGAUAACAGCAAACUUCAAAAUUGACUAAUCAAAAAAAAGUUCCUUUAAACGGUCAUUUUAAGCCGGUUCCAAAUAGGAGGAGGUUCUCAAUUCGCCAGAAAAUACAUUGUUUUUAAUUCCGUCAAGAAACAAUAAAAUUAUGAAAUUUCUUUUGAUUUAUUCUUACACUACUUUUUUGUCUAAUGAUUUCAAUAACUGUUUUUGCUGUUUAGGGUUCUAAUGGUUCAAUGGCCCUAGAGCUCUAGGUUUGUUAAUUUAUUUACAUUUAUUUGUUUAAUAUCGCUAUAAAUAUGGCUACUUACUAUAAAGUUGAAUAAUGCUUCCACAUGGUUAAAGGGUAUACAUGAUGAACUUCUCAAAAAUUGAGCUCAGUCUCUCUCUUCUCCUGGAGCAAUGUAACUAACUACUGCAGUAACAUAGGUAAUAAAGUUAUCUAAACAAUAAUAUCAAUCGACAUUGUCUAAUAUGCUGGACAGGUAGUUGAAGGAAAACCAAUAAUGCACCAGCUGUAGGUUUUUCAGUGCUGAUUGUAAAAGUCUAUCAACAGACAGGACAUACUAGCACAUAUUAUGUUAUAAUAGUCCGAAAUCCCAGGGCCCAGAUCCAAGACCUUAUUUAUUUAUUUACUAAUUUAGUACACACACAAUAAAACAGAUAAAUAGAACAAGAAAUUUGUACAAGGGCACUGCUUAUUUCAUAUUGAAAUUUCUUCCAGCAGGCCCGCGAAAGGAAAGAACAUAAAAAAAGCCGUCAGUGUGUGCCUCCUAAAUAUAAAUAACAAAAUACAAUACUUACAUAAAGAAAACCUACAUAUAUAUCUACAUAUAUGUACAAAUAAAUAUAUAUACUUAAAUAAAAUAUAUAAGUGUUAAAAAGGAGAAGCAAUAGAGUUCAGAAACAGUGAUUCAAGAGGAUAGAUAGUGUUCCUUCAACCGUUUUUUGAAUGUAGCAACAGUUGGGUUGUCUCUGAUCCCUGCUGGCAGCGAGUUCCACAAGCGGACGGCAUGUACCGUAAAGGAGCAUGAUGCAAAUUCGGUUUUAUGCACAGGAAAUUUGAGUAGUGAGAACCUUACUUAUUUUCUAAUGAAAAAAAUAUGCACAAUCGAGUAGUAUUAGGUACUGUGUACAGUGAACGUAUAUGUACCCGUUAACUUGUGCCGGCGGCCUAUUCUCAGGUACCAGGUGCUUCAGGUAUUCUAAUCACUUCUACGUAUGUCGUAGGGAAUAGUGUUUACAAUUUGAAAUGAAUACUGCCAGAUACCAUCUCUAAGCAGCAGACAACUUGACUUCGUAGGGGCCAAAAAUCUCGUAAACGAUAAUCGAGCUGUCAGAUCAAUCAUUAUAGUAAAAAACAAUUAUACAAAUAAUACUCGUUGAUGUAAACGACAUCUGCAGUAUUUUCAGAGAACUAAAUACCUUGCUGAAAAUAUCUUCUACAGAAUCUAAAUCCUGAAAGCAAAUAGAAGGUGACUAGUCCCACUUACUUUUGAAUAUGUUGUUUUAUACUGUAAGUGGUAGAUGGCGCUGAUACAUCCGGAAUAGAAGAAUUUAUUUUUAUAAAUGGUGGAUACAAUGAACUCGAAUCGCAACUAUAGCGGGCUGUUACGUAGCUCCAUUAUUAUCUCACAGUAGUUUGGCAUUUCACAGGCAGCCUAGAGCGUCAAUGCCGUACGUGCGUUCAAAAAUAUAGCAACCAAUAAUUGGCUGCGUAAUAAUAAACAUAUAAUAUCAAUAAGGAGCGUGCCAAAGGUCGUGGUGGGAAUCAUAAUUGAAAUCCUAUCGAUCGAGCGGAUCAAGAUCGGAGCGGGGCGUGCGCCGGCGCGAGUUAUUCCCAGCAGGUCGGCGCGGCCGGAGGUGCGGGGUGCGGGGCGCAGGGCGCGAGUGCUGCGCUCAGUGUGUCGGCGCGCGUCGCCGCCGCCAUGGGCAACCACCACUCCGCCUCGCAUGCCGCCCUCAAGCCCCGGAAGAACGUGCACUGGAAGUCUGCAGGGCGGCCGGCGGUGCCCGGCAAGCCGGACGUGAUCCCGAUCCUGACGGACGACGAACCGAACGCGGUGACGCUACGCUGGGCGCCCGCUACGCACGACGGCGGCACGCCGCUGCUGGGCUACCAGGUGGAGUGCAACCGACUGGGCGGCGCAGACUGGGUGCGCACUGCUCCGCCGCUCGUCGUGCGCCCCGAGCUCGUGCUCACCGGCCUCGAGCCUCCGCACCGCUACCAGUUCCGAGUGGCCUCUUUGAACGCCGUCGGUAGAUCCGACUACAGCGAAUUGUCCGAUGUCCUCACCGUAAGCUUCGAGCGGGCCGCCAACGAGCCCCCCGUAUUCCUCCAACAUUUGAACGAUGUCACUAUCCUCGAGAAUGAGAAGACGGAAUUCCGGGUGUCCUUCGCCGGCUCGCCGACCCCGACUAUCGCUUGGUUCAAGGAUGACUACGAGAUUUUCAGCAGCCGGCGCACGGCGAUCACUACUGACGAAACGUCGAGCGUGCUGGUGUUUCAUCAGACAUUGGCCAGCGACGAGGGCGAGGUGAAGUGCACGGCGACCAACCGCGCCGGCCAUGCCGUCUCGCGCGCAUGCCUCUUGCUCGAGGCGGCGCCAAAACUGCGGUAUCCGCGUCAAUACGAGGACGGCCUCCUCUACGAAAUAAACGAAACGGUCUUUUUGAAGACCACUAUAGUGGGGAAACCGACGCCUACGGUAGAAUGGCGGCACGACGGUCAACCAAUCGUCACCGACGACCGCGUCGAAAUCUCAAGCAGCCCCAAGUUCUCAAUAUUGAAAAUCCAUUCGGCGCGACGAAGCGACAGGGGCGAAUAUCAGGUGCACGCGAAAAACAACAUCGGCGAAGACACGGCGGCGUUCUUAGUGACGAUCACGGCGCCGCCAGAUCCGCCACGGCGCGUGUCGGUCACGCGGCAGGUGGAUAAAUCUGUGACAUUGAUCUGGGAACCUCCCGAGGACGACGGCGGUUGCCGCAUCGGCAAUUACGUGGUGGAGUACUACCGCGGCGGGUGGAACGUGUGGCUGAAGGCGACUACGAGCCGCAAGACGACGGUCACCUUGUUCGACUUGAUAGAAGGCAGCGAGUACAGGUUCCGCGUUAAGGCUGAAAGCCCUUACGGCAUGAGCGCGCCGAGCGUUGAGUCGGCGCCGGUGAGGAUCCCAGGCAGGGCGGUGGAUAUGGAGUUCUUGGCUGUGGAGUCGAAGAUAAUUAGUCAGGUGUUGACGAAGGAGGACGGCGAGGGAAGGAACGGCGAUGGCAAGGUGUCGCCGGCGCCACGACGUAAGCGGCUAGGGGGCUCAACGCCGGCACCUUCCCCCCCGCAGCGGGCGAGAUCAGCUUCUCCGGUUCCUCCAGCUAUGAAAAAAGCCCAGGCCAAGGAUCCCUCUGGUAGUAACGAGUUCAUGCUCGUGCUGUAUCCAGAUAAGGCGAAUGAAAAAACUGAAAAAAGGAAGUCGUUCCAACUGGAUUUGGAGGAGGCCCUUUCACCACCACCGCUGUCCCUUUCUGCGCCAGAGCUGAGCGCGCGCUGUGUGCUUCCCUUCCGCGCGCUACGCAACGCCGUCAGCUCCACGGAACUACUGCACGAAGCCGCCAUGGCCCGCUUCUACAAGGCGGUCGCCAUGGAGCAAGCACAAAACGCACACAACACUGACAUUCCGCACACCGACCGAAACGAACAGAAACCAGAUCAGAAACUCCCGGAAAUCGUCAUCAAACAGGACUCGAUGGACAUCAGCGAACACUCCAAACAAUCCUCCGUGGAUGAGGCGACGGAUAACAAAUGGCAACAGAUGUCUUUCGACGAAGACUACACCGCCAGCACAGUAUCCACGGACGGGGACUUUUCGGAUGACGGUAGCGUCAACGAGGAUGUGGACCGAGACGCUUAUUUAAAUGAGGAGGACACUUACAACCCACGCGACAAGACGGCGCGACCCUCUCCCCUCAAAGAGUCCAUGGCAGAAGAAGAAGAGUCCGAGAGAGAAAUACUCAAACCCCUGCCGCUCCCAGACCCUAAUUUUGUACCAAAGCCUAUAUUAAAACGAAGGGAAUCUGAUACAAAAGAACCAAAAUCUGUUGUCGAUGGUAACGGGUUAAUGAAACAGGAUGAGAAACCAAACCUACAGGAUAAACUGAAACCUUAUGAAAAACCAAAAAAAGAACAGAAAAUGACGUUAUUGAAAAAAAUAACAAAGAUGCCAGUGCAAAAAUCUUUUCCUUUUCCAAAGUUAUUAAACAAAGCAAAAGAACCAGAGAAGAUACAGGAAAAAUCCACUAAUGAUGAUCUUCAGAAAAUACCGAAAAAAAAUGAAAAAGUGCAAGAUAAAGUUAGUGAAGAAAGGAGAACAGUGAUAGAUUAUUACGGUAAUAUAGUUAAAGAGUAUGGUAGUCAUAAGAAACCUGCGACGCCGCUAUAUCUCAACACAGAGGAACUUAAGAAUGUUGCGGAAAAACAACAAACACAGGAAAAAGUUAAUGUUAAAAAGAAAAUUUUAAAAACUAAGAAAGUAACUGCAAAGAAACCAAUCGAGAAUAAUCUAGUCCCCCCUCGACCAAGGACACCAAAUAAGCAGACGACUAGCGAUAAAGCAGUGAAAUAUAAAACUAAUGUAAAAGAGAAACAAAAUUCAAGAGCGAAUACUCCAAAAUUAACGCCCCAAUCCAGCACUGAAAAAAAUAAAUCUGAUAAAAACACAAUAUCGGCUCAAAAUCACUCGCAGGAACAUAAAAAACGCGCAAAACAAGUGGUCCUGAAAAAAACAGAGCGAGCGACUAUCGUGAUACCAAUAGACUAUCAAGAGUUGGAGAAGCAGGCGAAAGUGACGGUUCGUUCAGCCAUCGAUUACACUGUCGACAUGUGCCUGCUUCUGUUAGCCUUUUGGGUGUACUUCUUCAAAGACGAGCGGCUCGCCAUUCCGUUUCUAGCGCUUAUAAUAUACCGGCAGGUGCAGGAGACUUUGCUGGCCAGACUCCCCGUCUGGAUCCAACGAUACACCCCUAACUGGCUCAAGAAGAAAGCUUCUUGACCUUUCCAAAAGACAUGAUGUGUGACAGUUGUGGACAAUGUAUGUUGUGUGACUAUGUGAUUUUAUUGUUAAAUUAAUAUAAACUACGUGUUAUAUAUAUUGUAUUGCAAAAAGUUGUUCUAAUAAAAAGUGAAGUUGUCAAAAACUAGUCGGCCUCACAUUUUCACAACCACAAUAGUAAGUCAACAAAAAUCGUUUUUUUUUUACAUAUAAUUCUGUUAUGUUUUGUUUAAACAAAGUAGCGACUGUUGCCCCAAUAUGCGCUCGUCUUAUAUCGCAAUUCAAGAUUCCGCGGUCCGACUGUGUGCCGUACGUGCCGCAACGCAAAGUCGCCGACCCCAAAGCUUGCGGCCUACGCGACAAAGGGCUCGUGCUGGGCGUCUAUUUCAACGAGAAUGUCGUCGGCGAACAGGCUAUACUGACGGCAACUGCGCAAAGGUACGAUAAAAAAGUAAAUGGGAAACUCUGGAAACUUUUGAAACUAUCUCCCAUCCCUAAACUGGGAGAAUGCCGCAUUUUCUUUGAUGUCGAUCCUGUGUUCGGUUACGUCGCAGUCGCCGGUCUCGGCACUGAAUGUUUGACCUUCAACUGUAUCGAACAACUGGAUGAAAGUAAAGAAGCGAUACGAGUUGCCGCCGGGGUCGGGGCGAAAGCAUUGCAGCAGUUGAAUCCUAGUUCUAUUCAUCUAGAGUCAUUCGGAGACGCCGAGGCUUCAGCGGAAGGCGCUUCCCUUGCCGUUUGGAAAUUCACGGAAUUCAAAACACGCGUAUUUAGGAGCCAUCCUUCCGUCACUAAGAUUCAACUGUAUGAAGAUUGCGACGUGCAAGGGUGGAAAAUAGGCAAACUGAAAGCGGAAUCGCAAAAUUUAGCCCGAUAUCUCCAAGAAAUGCCUGCAAACAUGCUGAAUCCGACGGAGUUCGCUAAGAUAGCGGUGGAAUUGUUGUGCGAAUUGGACAUCAAUGUGGAAGUCAUGACGCAGGGAUGGGCCGCGAGUCACGACAUGGGAGGUUUCGUCGCCAUCGGUAAGUCGUCGGUGCAACCGCCUCUGUACGUAGAGAUCAGCUACUACGGCGCACCUCAGAGCACGAGGCCCAUUGUGCUUAUAGGGAAGGGUGUGACAUUCGACAGCGGUAGUCUGGACUUGAAACCGCCGGAGGAACUGAAGAACAUGCGUGGAGACAUGGCUGGGGCUGCGUGCGUGUUGGCUAUAACACGCGCGGCGGCUAGACUGAAACUACCCGUAAACAUCCGCGGCAUACUGCCUCUGUGCGAACUGAUGCCCAACGGCAGCAGCCCAAAGUUCGGUGACGUCGUCCACAGCACUAACGGCAAAUCUAUCCACAUCAGACUGCCGUCUAAAGAAGGGAGACUACUCAUCGCCGACAGCUUGGUCUAUGCACGGAACUUCUGGCCUAAAUUCAUUAUCGAUAUCGGAACCAUGUCCAAGGAGUUAUUAGACACGUUAGGCGGGGCAGCUUGUGCGGGCUACUCGAACUCCGAUGAGUUAUUCUGCUACGCCCAGUCGGCCAGCAGUCAAACCGGAGACCGUAUAUGGCGUAUGCCCCUCUGGCAGUUUUAUGAAGACAGAGUGCUGGACUGCCACACCGCGGACGUGGCGAAUACUGCUCGCCACAAAUACGGGGAUUCUCCGAACUGCGCAGCGUUCCUGAAACAGUUCAUAUGCGACAGCGACUGGCUUCAUCUGGACACUUACAACGUGGCUUACACCAAAGGUCGUGACUUCCCCUACCUGCAAAGGGGGAUGACCGGCCGACCGACUCGCACAGUAAUCGAACUCUUAUACCAAAUGCUCGCCGACUCAAAGCUGUGAUCGUCUCAUCCACUCCGACUAGUAUUUUUUUUUAUUAUUUACAGAUGUUUUCACUAUGUGCGUAAGAAAAAAAAUUGGUUUAUAUUUGAUGUUCAAUAAACCUUGUGAUGUGAUCUGAUAUUUUUGCUUUGAAUUUCGUAAAUGUUCUUCCCAUACUGGCUAGAAGUGAAAGCGAAGGCUAUAAUCCGUAAGCUACUAACUCUUCCGUGCAAAUAGUAAAAGUCUAUUGACGAAAAGUGAAUUUUCGAAAAAUUUUACAGGCGUUGGAGCUGGUAACCUGACUUUAAGGCUAGACCAUGUGAAAAAAUAUUGAAUGAAAUGGUUGUUUUAUGCCGCAAUGUAGUACUUUGGUGUGUGAUGUCAAUAAUCUUUGAAUAUUUAGAUUCCAACAGCGUGAUUAACAGGUCUGCAAACUUUUUUCUUUCUUUUCAAAAUACCUCUAAUAUAUAAAAUUCUCGUGUCACGGUGUGUGAUUUUCGUGAAAUUUUAUAUGCAUAUUCAGUAGGUCUGAGAAUCGGACAUCUAUUUUUCAUCCCCCUAAAUGUUAAGGUCAAACCUCAAUUUUUUUUGACAAUUUCUUUUGUUUUUAUUUUUUUAUGAUACAUCAUACAAAAAUACAUACAAUCCUAAAUUUUCACCGUUCUACCACCCAUAUUUUUAUGGCGAUACGAAGUUCGCUGGCUCAGCUAGUUAUUUCAUAAAAUGCAUACAAUCUAUAUAAUAAAUACCAAAUAAUAUUAUAAAGAUACUUUAUCAGACUAAGUAGACUUACCUAUAAAAGCUUAUAAACAUAAUGUAUUCGAAUCACUCAUUAAAACAUGAAUUAUAAGGCACAGUUAUUUAACUAGUUCUAAUCAUUACACACAAAUAUGAAUCAUUUGUAAUUAAUUCGCUUAUUGCAUAAAUAAUACAACAAAUGGUUAAAUAUUAAAUAAAUCACUUUGUUGAGCAUUGUUGAGCAGCAUUUGUAGUCAGGGUGCCGUCUGAACACCUAAGGGGAGGAAUAGUGCUAGUUUUUGCUUUCAAGGACCUGCACAAUUUCCAGAUAUUAGAACUAGGAUUUUCAACACUUGCGAACCUUUUGUUCCCUAAGCGAUCAAGGUGCUCCCUUGUAUGAGCCUAAAAAGAAUCACAAAGGUUAUUUUAUAAUAUAGCCGCCGCUAUAGUAUAGCGGAUAUGUCUUUUAUACUCUCCUUGUGUUUAUGUUAAAACAAAGAACCAAUCCUGGAUUACAAGGUUUUUUACCAAUUGCAUAAUUUACCUGUGUUGGAAAUUUAGAGGCAUGAAUAGAGUAGUCAUUAUUUAACAU